AUGUACUUCUCCAAGACCGGUAUCGUAGCCUUGUUGGCGGCCUUGCCGUCUACUCUUGCCUGUCUCGGAUACGAGGGCGGCGUUCCUGUUGCCACCAGCACCAAGACUAACAGCAAGGUCAUCGAGGUUGCCGCUGGCAAGACUUUCGACGGUGGCUGGGCCAGAUACGACCGUGGCUCUGGUGCCUGCAAUGAGCAAGCCGAAGGAGGCGACGCCGAUGCCGUUUUUCUACUCCGCCGAGGUGCCACUCUGAAGAACGUCAUCAUUGGCAAGAACCAGGCUGAGGGUGUCCAUUGCGACGGACCCUGCACUCUUGAGUUUGUCUGGUUCGAGGAUGUCUGCGAGGACGCCAUCUCUGUUAAGAACGACGUGGCUGGUGACCACACCUGGAUUAUCGGUGGUGGUGCUUACAAGGCCUCGGACAAGAUUGUCCAGCACAACGGUUGUGGUACCGUUAACAUCAUCAACUUCUACGCCAAUGACUACGGCAAGCUGUACCGUUCAUGCGGCAACUGCAGCAAGCAGUGCAAGCGAAACGUCUACGUCGAGGGCACUACUGCCUACAACGGUGGCGAGAUUGUCGGCAUCAACUCCAACUACGGCGAUACUGCCACCCUCAAGAACGUCUGCACCGACGCCAAGGUCAGGUGCCAGAUGUACAACGGCUGCGCCGGUGGCUGCGAGCCCACCAAGUCUGGCGUCUGCUCCGGAUAA